AUGCCAUAUUCUCUAAAGGGACGCAAUGUUUUAGUCACCGGAGGGUCAAGAGGCUUGGGAGCUGUCAUAUGCGAGAAAUUUGCUGCUGAAGGUUCCAAUAUCACGAUCAACUAUGUGAAUAGCAAAGACAUAGCAGAAGAAGUUGCUGGGAAAUGCAGGCAAGACUUCGGAGUCAAGGUCGCUGUCGUUCAAGGAGACGUUGGUAUGGCAAUAGAUUGUGUUCGCUUGGUUAAGGAAACUGUAGAACAGCUCGGAGGGCUCGAUAUCAUUGUCAACAAUGCAGGGUGGACGAGAUUUGCUAAGUUUGGCGAUUUGAACGACCUCAGCUACGAAGAAUGGGACAAGUGCUGGCGCACAAAUGUCAUGUCCCAGUUGUGCUUGAUGCAGGAAGCGGUACCAAUAUUCAACGCCAACCCAGAAGGAGGAGUAUUCCUCGUUUGCUCCUCGAUUGCGGGAAUCAGUUGCGGUGGAAGCUCACUCGGCUAUUCUGUAACGAAGGCUUCUGCACUCCAUCUCAUGAAGUGCAUGGCUUCAACGCAGGGGCCAAAAAUAAGAAUCAAUGCGAUUCUUCCGGGGCUGCUCUUGACGGACUGGGUAAGUGGGCCUCGAUAUGUUGGGUCUGUUUCCGCUGAUGAAAAUUCAAGGACUUAUCUGGACGACUGCGCAGGAUCGUUCGUGUCGGUCGCAAAGAACACCUCUAUAACAGGUCAACAGAUUAUCGUUGGUACGUCUUGA